AUGACGUUUUUCAUGAUGACCUCAUCUUUCUGCUGUUUCCAUCUUUCGCUGAAACGCAAUCAGUAAGCUGAUGUCCAGUACAUUAUGUGGCUCGACAAGGUAGUACUUCAACUUUUUCGUUCCUUGCUGGUAUUCAUCACAUGCUGUUAUGCGGUUUAUAAUACAAAUGAACUGCAAAAUGUAGCAUACGAUCUCGAAAUUGCGGAAAUACCUUUCGGAUUUGAAAAUUUGGAAUUGUAUGGUGGAACAUUAGAGGAAAAGAUGCCGAAGAAUACAGUGCUGGAGAUAUUCGACGUAGACGACAAAAGCUCAACUGUUGUUGCUAGUGAAUUUGGACAAAAAUUUAUCUGUUCGUUGCCCAAAAUUCCAUUAACAAAAACAAGCGGUGAAUCAAAAUCAAAUUUAACUGUGAAUUUGAUUUCCGACGUUAUAGCAGCAAGUUUCUAUGUACAAAAUUGCAUCCGAAAAAAUACGGGAUGGUGGACGUACGAACUUUGCUAUAACAAACAUGUGCAGCAAUUCCGUCUUGAAGGCUCAAAAAUUGUUGGUAGGAUUAUCGCUUUAGGACAUUAUAAAAACGACUCGGAUAUUAAUUUGUCAAAACACAAAGGUGAAGAGCUACCUUAUUUUGAACAAAUUUAUGAUGACGGGACAGUUUGCGAUGUGACAGACAAAUCGAGGCUUGCACGUGUAUGGUACAUAUGUGACGAUAUGUUAUCGACAAGCGAAGCAUACAUCGCUGAUGUCGAUGAGCCAUCCUCAUGUGAAUAUAUUAUAAAAGUGAAAACAGGAUCACUUUGCAAAUUGGAUGUCUUUUCAAGUCAAAGCAAACCGCGUGAACCUUUAUCAAUCAUGUGCCGUCCUCUAUUGGAGCAGGAAGCUGUUGAACAGUACCUCGAAAAAGUAGCUGAGGAAAAGCGACAAAAAGAAGAAGCGAAGAAAGAAUCGGAACUUCUCGCAGCACGGGCAGAUAGCAUUCAGCGACAGAGAUAUGCUAGGAAACAACUGGCAAAACGAACAGCGAAAAGUAUAAAGGAAAUGGAAGCGAUGGAGAAAGAGCUCAAAAUGACGUAUGAAGAUAUAAUGAGGUCAAUCACGAAGCUGAAUGUUGAUCUUACGAAAGUGAAAGCAGAUCUACAUUUUAUAUACGACGACUUACACGAGAUGGAAACACGUUACAUCACUGAAGCGGACGAGGAUCGUGGAAAUAUAUAUUGGUAUUUCAAAGAUCCGUAUUGGGAUCGUAAAUUUUUUCCCGUUACUCUUGCAUACUCACGCGCCAUUAAUAACUACUAUCUGAUAAUGUCAUCAUUCUUGAAAAAAAUAGAUGAAGAAUAUGACGAGAAAAAGAUGUCGUUUUCAAAAUUUUUGCACGAAAUCGAUGAAAAGUUGGUAACAGAAGCACAUCUUAGUAUAAUGGUUGGUUCGUUAAGAAAGGCUUUCCAUGAAGGUAUUUUCCCGGAUAUUGUAAAUGAUGUGGACGAUGCAGAAAAUCCGCUUCUAGCAGUAAUGUGGACUAAUCCUGAGAAGCAGCUUGAAUUAUUGCAGUUGUUUGAAUACAAGGUAUUGAAAUUAUUCAAUCGAGGGAUAGAAUUUACAGCAGAGGAUUUAAUGUCUCAUGUUGCUCGACAGCUUCUCUCUGUUCGCACGUUGUUAAUAAAUGGCGGAAAUGAUUAUAAUUUUGACCGGAAACUUAGUUAUAUUUUGGUCGAGAAAAUGUUUCUGAAAUUCAUGCAAAGCUACAAUCGUGCAUUGUUCCGUCAUGAUAAAAAGUCAUGGGGUAAUUUCAUGAAGCAUACUUCGUCCGAGACGUUUAGGUUGUUUGAAAAUCCGAAUAUGUUUCUUGCUCGAAUUGAAGACUUGAGUCCUGAAAAUGCUCAUCUUUUCUACACAGAAACUUUUGAAAUUGGAAGUUGGCAAACAGCCGAAGGAGAAACGGGUGCUAAUGAAAAAAGAGGAGGAGCUAGAAAUGCCAUAGACAAGGAAGAAAAAGCUGCGCAGCUAAGGAUGCUUGAAAGAGCUAAAAGAAAAAACUUGAGGAAAAAAGUUGAGCAUUAUUUGCGAUCAAAGAGAACAGCAAAAAAGAGUGAAUCUGAAGAAACAUUAUAUCACGAUGAUCUUGAUAACUUGCGAAAGCAGCUGUUUGUUUUCAAAAGUACACUGGAAGAGAAAAUUCGGGAAACAGGUUUAAUUCAGGAGGCAGAAGUUAAGGUCCAGUUGGUUUCUCCAGUAGGUAACGUUAUCAGCAGUACGGGUGUUGGAGGAUUAGAUGGUGAGCGUGUAAAUGCGGUGCUAAAGGCAUUUUUUCUUGAGCAGGACAGUGUUAAUGAUGAAGAGAGUCGAUAUGAUCGACUGGCACGAGGUUAUACUUAUGGUGCCGAUGAAGAGGAACGAGAGAAAGUGAGGAAAAACGGUGACAAUGAUGAUGAUGAUUUGAAAUCAAGCAUUUUGCCUAUUUUAAAACGGAUUUUGCCGUAG